AGGCGCGACCCCCGGCUCAGCCCCUUCUCCCCGCGCCGGCGGGUCUCCUCUCAGCUGUGUCUCCAGCGCAGGGAUCGGCCGAGACACCGCAGAGGCUGGUCUCCGGCCGUUCCGCAGGGCAGGACAAGGUGUUGCUACCUGUUCACUCCACCCUCGCCGCGCGUCUACUUAAAUGCAGGAGCCUCCGCCUCCUCUUUUUUUGCUUCCUCCUAUCCGUUCAUCCGCCACCGGCCGCUCCCAGGGCACAAUGAAGCCGUUCUCAGCCGCGCUGCUGGCCGGACUUCUCUGCGUGCAGACGGUGUCUUCGCUCUACUGCUUCAAGUGCGACAAAGUGGAAGAUAACGCGCAAUGCUAUCAUGUGGAGAGCUGUGGUGAAGACCAGCGACAUUGCACAACAAAAUAUUUUGGUGGAGGUAAAGGUGACAAUCACAAGCAAUUGAUCUCCAAAGGGUGUUCUGCCACGUGCCCCGAUGUACAGUUUGAUGUCGGUAUGAUGGCUUUCUCAAUGAAAUGCUGUGAUCAGUCCUUCUGCAACGUAAGUGGUGCUGUCGGUGUGAAGACCAGCUCCUUGUUGCUGCUGGUGGGCACCUUGGUCAGUAUCUUCUACAUCCUGGGAGCCAAGCUGUGAUGAGAGACUGCAUGAGCUCGUGGUAGCUCCCCCAGGGAGGUCUCCAACCGAUCCUGGAAAAUUGUAGGUUAAAAAGAAUUUCUCUCUUGCUUCUUGACUCUGCAUCAAUACUUUCAACUAAUAGUCCAGCCUAGUUCUGGGAACACCUCGGUUGUGUCCGACCUACAUGGACCUUUUCUUGGGUCAAGGGCCUGAUUCUCCUUUCCUCCCCAGUCAUGAUUUUGCAGAUGUUUGUGAUUCCUUUGCAAUUGCUCCUUGCAAACGCCAGCCCACAGGAGUGACCAAGGUUGUGCGCAGCGGAUCGCAAGAUGCGUUGCUGCAGAGUUGAGAAAUAGCCCUCUGGGUGGUGGUUUACUCCUCCCAGGAGAAGAACUCCAAGCCUUCCUUCUUGCUUGAAACAACUGUUGUGGUUCCUGCUAAUGAAACAUUCCAAAGAACUUCCAGGCAUUUAUUUUCCUAAAAGUCUUUUAUUGUUACAAAAUGUCAGCACAGGCACAACGGAGGGAUGCUAGGAUCUAAGUUCUCUUCCUCUGAGC